AUGGAGAAGCGAGGUCGUGGCACCAAGCCAUCCCCCAGCCCGGUCCCUCCUGCGCAGCCGUCGCCGGGCCCCCGGAGGGAUCGGAGACCGAGCAUGUUCGAGAAGGAGGCAUUUAUCUCUUCCUCCCAUCUCUCCCCACUUCAGUAUGCCCAGAUCUUAAGAGAAAGACUAAGAGAUUCUUUUCAUGAUGUUCAAUAUGUGGAACCGCCGUUUGAUGACUCUAUCGCUGAUAUAGGUAAAGAAUGGAAGAGUGCCCUGGCAAAAUUAAAGUUUGCUAAUUCAUAUAGAAUGGAGCCACUGAAGAAGUUCCAAGCUCAUUCAGUAGAAACCAAAGUCCAGCAAAUAUUAAUGGAACAUCUUAAAGAUGUCAAAUAUGAUGAUAAACUCUUCUCUCAUUUGUCACUUGAAUUGUCAGACCGAAUACUAUCAGCAGUCAAAGAAUUUGGGUAUCACCGUUAUAAGUUCAUUAUAAAAGUAUUAUUUAUUCAAAAGACCGGUCAAGCAAUAAACAUUGCCAGCAGAUGGAUCUGGGAUGUUGCUUGGGACAGCUGGGUAGAAGCGAAACACGAGACGGAGUCUUAUGUGGCACUGGCCUUGGUAUUUGCUCUUUAUUGUGAAUAGCUCCUUACAUGUACAAAAAAACAGUAUUCUCCAACUUUUCAAGAAUAAAUGAAAUGUGUACAUUUGUGAUCCUCAUAGUUCUGAUCAGCUACAUUCUUUCUUCAAUUGAAGCUUAAUUGUUUUCUUUUAAUGACAAACAUGCAAAAGCUAGACAUUUACACUUGUGCUU